GCGUGCGGGGGCUGGGCAUGCAGCACAUAAACCAGCAGCCAGUGUUCUCCCAGUAGCCAAAGGUUCGCCGUUGUGGCUGAGACUUCAGUGUGGGGAAGACAGAGUACCAGAGCGGCAGCGGGCACCUCUCAGAGCAGAGAGAGCCUCUCCAGGGAAGAACGAUGCCGGUUUUUCCCUGGGAGCUGCUCAGCCUCUGGGCUGCCUGGAACCUGACCAUCCUGGGAGCAGGACAACAUUUAGGUGUGAGCAAGUGUUCCAGUGACUGUGUGGUAAUGACUAAAGAACUCAACCAGAGUGUCUUGAAGAGUUAUGAGGAGACCAAACCAUCAUGCCUCCGAAAAGCUAUCAUAUUCACCACUAAAAGGAAUAGACGCUUUUGUGCGGAUCCCAAGGAGGAAUGGGUACAGGAAGCCAUGAAGAAACUGGACAGAAAAACCACCCGUGAGAAUCCCGUGACCGAGAAAAAAGAUGGAGGGACUUUUGAAAAGUUAACAGGGGGUCAAGGGCCGACAACCCCUCAGGGGAGCGGCGCGGCUGCCCCUGUUUCCGGCUCCCCACCGGCUUCUGAAUCAGCCAAUGCUACGGCCCCCAUGAACGAGAGCCUUGAGGGGUUCAGUCCCAGGGCCACGGAGAGGCUCACCGGAAUCUCCCCCGGGCCCCUAGAGGUGUCCAGUCCAGCACCUACGGGCCCUGAUCCUGAGGUGGAAGUUUCCUCCUCAACAGCCACUGACCCUGACACUGCCUCCAGAAGCCCCUCCGUUCAUCCCCGGGGAGGUGAAAGGUCAAACACGACUGCCGAAUCCAUGCCAACUGAGACCCCGUGGGGCUUGGCUCCCCUCCCAUCCGAAGCCGGUCUCCCUCACGAGGAUAAGGCCCCUGAGUUCACUCCGGGGUCCCCUGCGGUUUCGUCCUCCCCCGGGACCUCCCCGGUUCAGUCUGAGACGGCAAGCCAUUCCACGGAGGAACAGGAAACCGGGACGAGCGAAGCCCCCAAGAGCGGGGAGGGGGAUCCCGCCACCUCUCCCACGGGCCCGUUCUCCGACUGGGGGACAGACAGAGCAGCUGCUUCUCCUUUCCCUCUGUCGAGCGCCAGUUCCAAGCCGGUGAGCGACGGCAGUCCGUCCUCCCAGGCCAAAGUUCCUCUGAGGGCCUCGGCUGAGUCCCAGGGGCUCGACAUGCCCAUCACGGCCAUCCCCGGCUCCCCGGAGGCCGCGACCAGGAGGCAGGCUUUCGGCCUUCUGGCCUUCCUGGGCUUUUUGUUUUUCUUGGGGGUCGCCAUGUUCGCCUACCAGAGCCUCCAGGGAUGCUCCCGGAAGAUGGCCGAAGAGGUGGUGGAGGGGCUGCGCUACAUGCCCAAGAGCUGUGGGAGUAACUCUUACGUCCUGGUACCUGUGUGAGCCCCUCCCAGCGUCAGACUCAGUCAGCUUUCUCACCGCCUUCCUUUCCUUCACCGGGAACGUCGUCUUCUUUUAAGAUGAUGCCAUCUCUCCCGAGCCAGGUGGCUGGACUGAACCGGAAACCCCAACCCGAGGAAGUCAUCUUGGAAGGGAGCCAACUCCGGCCCCCAGGGUGGACUGGUGCUUCUGAACUGGGCCCGAGAGAAGCGGUUCACUGGUCACUGAGCCCCUAAUUGGAGAAAAAAAAAGUCCUUCUGCCGCUGGUCGGCCAGUUCCCCUCCUGACCCCAACCCUUGCCAUCAUUUUCUUAUUAUUUAUUGAGGGCCCCCAGGUGCCUCUGACGGCUGUCAUACCACCCCCGUGCCAUUGGCUGGCUGAGUCGAGAACUCUUUCUCUAUUGUCCUUUGCUGCCUGCCCGGUUCCCACGGCGGGAGGCGUCGUCCGAGUCACUUGUACAGUUACAGUUUACCUUCGCUGGGACUUGUUUGCAUGAAGCAGGUGUGACGUCCUGGGUCAACCCCCCUCCAGCCUGCCCAAAUCCUGGAGGCUAGUUCAUUCCCUCUCAAAAAGACCGGGGCAGUGGGAAGGGGUGGGAUACCUUGUAUUUUUUUUUUUUCCUGUUAUCUUUGGUCUCAGCAAGUCCCAAAUGAAGGUUUUUGCUCCAGGAGGGUGGAGUGGUUAGGCUGUUUCUAUGAUCCCACAAGACCCCCCUGCCUCGAAUCUCCUUCCUCACUACAUCCCGCCCCCCCCCUAAACCUUCCCCUUCCUCCAAGUCUUUAGAUCAGCGAAGAAAGUUGUCCAAUGGCUUCUACUGACCUGUUGUCCUCUUGGGAAGCCCUGAGCGAAGGGAAGUGAAGGGGGGUGUGAUGCAAUAGAGCAGUAACCCCCAAAUGGCUGCUAGUGGGAUGAUCAGCCAGAGUGACUUUUUUUUUAAAUGGUAUAUGUUUAGCACUUUCUAUGUGCCAGGCACUCUACUAAGCGCUGGGGUAGAUU